AUGUUUAGAGUAAGCAACUUCGUAGUGGGUCUAGCCAACACGUUGGUGAUGUUAGUGGGUGCAUCGGCGAUUGGUUACUCGAUUUACAUGUUCGUUCAUCAAGGCGCCACCGAUUGUGAAACAGCGAUUCGUGCACCACUUCUCACGACAGGGAUCGUCCUGUUCGUUGUGUCGUUAAUAGGAGUGAUAGGAUCAUGCUUCAAGGACAACUUUGCAAUGGUCUCCUACUUGAUCAUAUUGUUUGCCGGCAUCGUUGCGUUGUUGGUUUUCUCCAUAUUUCUCUUCUUCGUCACCAACAAAGGAGCCGGUCGUGUGGUCUCUGGUCGAGGCUAUAGAGAGUACCGGACGGUGGAUUUCUCUACUUGGCUUAAUGGCUUUGUUGGUGGGAAGAGAUGGGUUGGGAUUAGGUCUUGUUUGGCUGAGGCUAGCGUUUGUGAUGAUUUGAGUGAUGGUCCUGUUAGUCAGAUCGCUGAUGCAUUUUAUCACCAAAACUUGUCUCCAAUCCAGUCGGGGUGUUGUAAGCCACCGUCGGAUUGCAACUUUGAGUUUAGAAACGCCACGUUUUGGUUACCACCGGCUGCUAAAAACGAAACGGCGGUUGCGACCAACAACGGCGACUGCGGUGCGUGGAGCAACGUGCAAACGGAGUUAUGCUUUAACUGCAACGCAUGCAAAGCGGGUGUGUUGGCGAACAUAAGAGACAAGUGGAGGAAUCUUUUGGUUUUCAACUCAUGUCUCCUCCUCCUCCUCAUCACCGUCUAUUCCUGCGGUUGCUGUGCUCGUCGUAACAAUCGAACGAAAGAAAAAAAAACAAAAAAAAUGGAGGAACAGCUAAGACAAUUAAAAGACAUUUUCGAGCGGUUCGACAUGGACGGAGACGGAAGCUUAACGAUCUUAGAACUGGCUGCGCUUCUCCGGUCACUUGGUCUCAAACCUUCCGGCGACCAAAUCCACGUUCUUUUAGCAAGCAUGGACUCAAACGGCAACGGUUUUGUCGAAUUCGAAGAGCUCGUAGGAGCGAUUCUUCCCGACCUCAACGAAGAGAUCCUUAUCAAUUCCCAGCAGUUACUCGACAUUUUCAAAUCGUUCGAUAGAGAUGGUAACGGAUUCAUCAGCGCCGCUGAAUUGGCUGGAGCCAUGGCCAAGAUGGGUCAACCAUUGACGUAUAGAGAAUUAACGGAGAUGAUCAAAGAAGCUGAUACAAACGGUGAUGGUGUUAUAAGCUUCGGUGAAUUUGCUUCCAUUAUGGCAAAAUCUGCUGUUGAUUAUUUCGGUUUAAAAAUCAAUUCUUGA